UUUGCUGCCAAGGCCAAUAGCCCAGCUUGCAAGGAUGGCCUCCGGGCUGAGCAGGAGUGUCGAAACAUCACCCACCUCCUGGAGCAGGAGCUGACCCAGGCCCAGGAAGUCUUGCGGGGGACCGAGGCCCAAGCUGCCACUUGCAACCAGACUGUGGAGACCCUGAAGAUUUCCCUGGAAAAGCAACAGGAGCUCUUCCUACAGAAGCUUCAAGAGGAGAUCAAGACAUUGAAUCAGUCCCUGCAAAACAAAUCCUUGGAGCUGCAGAAGAAAUCCGCGGAGCUGGAGCAACUAAGAAAAGAGAAUGAGGACUUGGUCUUCAGCAAGGGCCCCACCAACGCCAAGGGCCCCACCAACGGCAAGGGCCCUCCCAACUCUGGGAUCACCCUCUGUCUCUCCGUGGCCGCCGUGCUCCUGCCCCUGAGCCUCCUGGCUCUGCUGGCCUGAGGUCCCAGGAAGCCUGCUGGCGGGUUCCACCCUGGCUGAGAGCUAUUUGCCCAGGGACAUGGGGAUUAACCUCAGAAUGCAGUCCAGGCUCCUUUUCUGAGUUUCCUGUCAUCUUGGAAAGAUAACAACCUGGUCCCAGAGCCGCUCGCUCCCAUUCGGCCUGCAAUCCAUCCUAAUAAACUCUCAUAGGAUUCAA